GCUAGUUUCACACGAAUAAUCGAUCGUUUCAAAUUUGAAAAAAAAAAAAAAAAAAACUGUACGUCGCGAGAUGUUACGCUCGAGGUCCCAAAGCAGCGUCUGGGAACACGAAGCUAAAUUUGUACAAGACCGAAUAUCCAACGUGGAGAAACAUUUCGCCGAGCUGUGCACGACGUUUGCAGCGUACACGAGAAAAGCGGCAAGACUACGCGACAAAGGUGACGAAAUCGCAAAAGCGGUACAAGCUUACGCGCAAUCGGAAACCGUAAAUCGAUCGCUCACUAAUGGGUUGACGAAUUUCUCGGCGACCUUGUCGGUAAUAGGCGACUACAGAGAUGCUGAAGUACAGAGAUUCGACGCGAAAAUAAUCGCUCCCCUUUCUCAGUACUCGACGAUUUGCAAGCAUGCCCGCGACGAUGUUAAAAACACGUUCACAGCUCGGGACAAGGAGUUGACGAGGAAAAGGCACCUGGACAGGCUCAGGGAACGAAAUCCUAGAAACAAACAAAUGAUUUCGCAAGCGGAAUCGGAACUCAUGAAAGCUUCCGUCGAAGUUUCGCGAGUUGUAAAAGGCUUGGAAGAACAAAUCGACUCGUUCGAGAAGCGAAAGUUGCACGAUUUGAAAACUGUCCUUUUAGACUUCGUCGUUAUCCAGUUAAGCUUCCAUUCAAAAACUCUCGAAUUGUUAACGAAAGCCUACCAAGAUAUUGCAGAGAUCGACGAAGCUAAAGAUCUAGAGGACUUCCAAGUGACAAGAGGAAACAUGAACGGGGAAUUUCGCGAAACGAUGAGGGUACCAGAUUCUAUUGCCAGAUUGACCACCGUUGGCCGAACUUCGUUCAGACAGGCUUACUCUCUCACAAACUUAGCCAGUCGUUUUGCAUCUUCCCCUAUGUCUCCGCAGAAAUUGGGCAGUCGUACUGCUGAUUCUAUAGAUUCUACAAAGUCCAGCUUGAAAACAAACUCUUCGGAAUCUGUACAGAUCGAAGAGUACGGAGACAGCUCCGAAGAAACAGAAUCUGAGUCUAACAAAGAAAAGCCUAUGAAAGCGAUCUCUGGACACAAAACUUCAACGAGAUUUGUAUUUAAAGCAGUACCACCGAUCCCUGCCUAUCAGAAGUCGCUAACAAUGCCUUUAACCGUUAAGUAUGUUUAAUUUAAUGUUCGACA